AUGUCAGAGGAAUUAGGCGAUGCGUGUGAUUCAUUGUUAGACACGACUUCCAUACUAUCACAUACUUAUGGUAUACCUAAGAUUGGUAUAUCAACAUCUCAAGAUAUAAGACAAUCAAAGACGCGUCAAUUAGAGAAUGAAUAUUAUACCCAGUAUCAACAAUUAACUCAUAAAGUUAAUAAGAUAAUGUAUUUGAAUAAACUUAAAGAAAUAGAUGAUGAGCCAAUAGAUAGAAUCCUAGUUGAUUCAAUUAGAGCUAAAUAUCCAUAUAUUCAUGAUGAUGAAUCAUUAGAAACAUUUCUUAAAACUCAAAAUGAUUCAAUCAAAACUGAUAAAUUAUUAAAUCGAUAUUUAUUAAUGACAUUACCAAUACUUCGUUCCAUAUAUCAACAUGAUUCUGAAUUCUUAUCAGAUUCAGAAAGGGUGAUAUUGUCAAAAUUAAAGACAUUGUAUGAUGAACAAGAUGGUUUAGUAUUUAAACUUCUUAAACAACGAAAGAAUGCUCAAGAAAAAGAAGAGAAACAAAUUGAUCAAUGGUAUGAAUUGGGAGAAUUGAUUAGUGAACAAAUCCUGCCAUUACUUAAAUUAUCAAAUGAAUUGAAUGUAGAAUUACACGAAAGUAAUCAAGAAUAUGUUGAUUUGAAGGAACUGAAAGUGGAGGAAGGGUCUGGUAAUAGAAUGCAAGUAAUUGAACUUGUAAAUAAUUGGAGAUAUCUUGAUAGAUUAAUUGAUGUGAUUACCCUUAUGAUAAGUAGUUUACCUAUCAAUUGGUAUGAAGAUCCAGUAUUACUUGGUAUAAUGAAUGAUUGUGAUAAAUAUUCACAACGAUUGAAGAAAUUACAACUGAUUAUAAAUGCUGAGACAAUAGGAGUUUGUACAACUCAAGAACUCUUUGCUCUUGAGUUUAAUGAACUUGGUUUCAAUCUAACUGAUUGA